AUGCCAGCCCCUAUACAUAUCUCAACCAACGGCUCAAAUGCCCAUCAUGCCCGUCGUCUUUCCAUUGUCGACGCUACAAAGAAAGAUCUAUCACACGGACCCACAGUAAUCAUCCCAGAUUCACCAUCAGCAGACUCUCCUACGUCCACAACCAUCGCAGAAACAAUCGCAUUAGCCAGGGAUCAUCUUGAACAUCCAGAUCCUCAAGAGCCAGCUGUUGAGUUUGACGACGACGUUAGUGAAGACUCGCAAUUGUCGAAUGUUGUCCCUGAUUAUGUCUUCGGAUUUGAUUUGGAUGGAGUGUUCUUGCGAGGUGGGAACGUGAUUCCUGAGGCGAAGGAAGCAUUAAGGAUACUUAAUGGAGAUAAUGAGGAGGGAGUUAAAGUUCCUUAUAUCUUUCUAACAAACGGUGGUGGGAAAACUGAGGCGGAAAGAUGUCUUGAUCUGAGCAGACAGCUGGAUGUUGCCGUCUCCCCGGAACAGUUUAUCUGUGGCCAUACACCUAUGAGUGAGAUGGCUACACAAUACCAUACUGUUCUUGUCGUUGGAGGGGAGGGUGAGAAGUGUAGACAUGUUGCCGAGAACUAUGGUUUCAGAGACGUUGUUACUCCCGGUGACCUCAUUAAAUGGAAACCUUCGGUGUGUCCGUUUAGAAAAUUAACAGAGGAGGAAUAUGCAAAUUCCAAGGAGAGAGAUUUCACAAAUGUCAAUAUUGAGGCGAUUUUUGUGUUUGCAGAUAGUAGGGAUUGGGCUUCUGAUGCCCAGAUCAUACUAGAAUUACUCAUGUCAAAGGAUGGAAGAAUGGGAACAGUUUCCGAAUCCCAUACAGAAGGUCCGCCAAUAUUCUUCGCCCAUAACGACGUGGUUUGGUCAACUGCAUACGAUCUCACAAGAUAUGGAAUGGGUGCACUAAGAAUCAUGAUUGAAGCCCUAUACAAAGCUUCAACAGGGAAAACUAUUGAUGUCACAACAUACGGCAAACCGAGCAAGGCCACUUUUGAUUAUGCCACAAGAGUAUUACAGCAAUGGCGUAACGACUUGUUUAACGAUCCCACACCGCCCAGAACCGUAUAUUUCGUCGGAGAUACGCCGGAAUCUGAUAUCAGAGGGUCGAAUGAGUACGAUGAGCACUCCGAAUCCGAUUGGUAUAGUAUCCUGGUAGAAACGGGAGUAUAUGAACCGGGAACCGAGCCUAGGUAUAAGCCGAAGAAGACCGUCAAGAAUGUCUUGGAGGCUGUCAAAUUUGGUAUGGAAAGGGAACGACGAAAAAUGAAGGAGUGA